CUCUUUGAGGCAAAAUGCCGAGCACCUUCCACGGUCUCACCCGAAGGAAGCCACCGGCGGCCAUCACGAAGAAGAAGAAUAAGAAGCGGAAGAGAUCAGUCAUCGCCUUCCCCAAAAUGGCACCUGAACUAUGCCCUGAAGUUGAAGAAGUCGAGGAUGAAGAGGAUGAGGAGGACAUGGAGGAGGGAGCGGAGGUGCUGGGGUUCAAGCUGAAACCCUCCGCUUCUUCACGUUUCCACGCGAUCCAACCCUUAGGAAAUUUACUUCUCCUUGGAGGCCCUUCCUCUUCCGCCAACGCCCGCGACGUUGGCCUCGGCGCCCUCCGCAUCCUCCCUGACGACCUCCUCCUCGACGUUCUCGCCUUCCUCCCCGCGCGAGACCUCGCCGUCCUCUCUUCCACCAGCCGCUCUCUGUACGUCUUCGGCACCCACGACCCUCUCUGGCGCACCCUCGUCCUCGAACGCUUUCACGGUGACUUCCUGUUUUGCGGCUCUUGGAGGUCGACCUACCUCGCCUCUGCAUCCAGAACCCUGCCACUGCCUCCCUCUGAGACUCUAGUAAUCAGGAACUUCUACUCGGAUUACCUCUUCCAGAGCUGGCUCUGCGCCAGCAUCGAGAUGAAGCCCGAGUGGCUCAAGAUCGACAACAUCGAGAGGCGCCGUGGCAUCUCGGUCGAGGAAUUCAUUGACACCUUUGAGGAUCCUAAUAAGCCUGUUUUACUACAAGGAUGUCUCGACACCUGGCCGGCUAUGAAAAGGUGGAACCGAGAACGACUAGUGCGAAUUUGUAGUGACGUUAAAUUCGCAGUUGGUCCAGUGGAGAUGACAAUGGAAAGGUAUUUCAAGUAUUCUGAUGCCGCAAAGGAGGAGCGGCCUCUUUACCUCUUCGAUCCAAAGUUUGCAGACAAGGUGCUCGAGUUGGGUUCUGAGUAUGAGGUUCCAAUAUACUUCAGGGAAGAUUUGUUUUCUGUGCUUGGAAAGGAGCGGCCGGACUACCGGUGGAUCAUAAUUGGACCUGCGGGUUCUGGGUCGUCAUUCCAUGUUGACCCAAACUCUACUUCCGCUUGGAAUGCAGUUAUCAAGGGAUCAAAGAAGUGGGUCAUGUUCCCACCAGAGAUCGUGCCACCAGGAGUGCAUCCUAGUGCUGAUGGAGCUGAGGUUGCUUGUCCAGUGUCCAUCAUGGAGUGGUUCAUGAACUUCUAUGCAGCAUGUAGAACAUGGAAGAAGAGGCCAGUGGAGUGUGUGUGCAGAGCAGGGGAGGUAGUAUUCGUACCCAACGGAUGGUGGCAUUUGGUGAUCAAUCUUGAGGAUUCUAUAGCCAUUACACAGAAUUAUGUAAGCCGGAGUAAUUUACUGAAUGUUCUGGAUUUUCUUCAGAAGCCUAAUGCCAGAGAGCUCGUCUCCGGAACCAAAGACAGGGUAAAUCUGUUCGAUAAGUUCAAAACUGCCAUUGACGCAUCAUAUCCUGGAAUGAUCCAUGAGGUCACAGCAAAAGUACAGGAGAAGAUGGCCGAGAAGAAAAGGCCAUCGUUUUGGGAAUCUGUUACUGAUGCCAAGGCAGGAGGAUUCAAGUUCUCACUGAUAUAGCUCAUGGCAUGCCCAAUUCAUUUCUCUUUAUUCUCAUUUAUUCCCGAUUUCUUGCACCCGAUGCAAUAUUCCAAACUUAAACAUUUCUCUUAUUUAGCUUACUUAACUUUUAUAAUACUCAAAUCACUUGGCAUAUUUCCGAAAUGUCCCUCCAUUCUUUCACGAAAUAAUCAUUGAUUUCUUCA